AUGGCACAACUUCCUAAUUCUGAGACUAAGAAGCAGAAAAAGCGAAAGCUGAGAACUCCCGAAGAGGAAGAUGCCCCAGCAGAGACAGCAGAAGCAUCAACCGAGGAGUCCCCCAAAAAGAAAGGCCGCCGGCAAAUGGUAGACGAGACGAUUCUCGGUCGCUACCACCAGAGCCAGAAACUGCAGGGCAUUCUCAAGAAGGGCGAGGAUCAUUUAGAAGAAGAGGAAGGAAAAGCUGAAGAGGAGAGCGUUCACAAAAGCGUUAAGGAGACCACUGAAGUUCGCGUUACGGCAAGCGAACAAACGCAGGCAGAUCAGGUGCUGGAGGACGUGAACAAACUGGAACGGGAGCAGAAGAAGAAGCUCGCCAAGGAGAAGAAAAAGUUCAAAGCUCAACAGAAAAAGCUACAACAAAAGGAGAAAUUGGAAGAGCAGCAGCAGCCGAAGGAGAGCAAACAGGAGAAGGCGCUGGCGUACAUGAAACAGUGGAAGAGGCAUCGAGACGAGUGGAAGUUCAAAAAGGUAAGUUCUAACGAUGUUUUGAAGUUAUCACGACAAAUCUAA